GUGGCAUGGAGUCUAAAACAUGGACGAAGGAAUUGUAGGAUGAAGUUUUUUUUUCAGAGCAAAGAAGUGAAUGUAAUGGGCGCCAAUGGGAGCAAGAGCAGUAAGAAUCUACUGCAGCAUAAGGACGAAAGUCACCGCUCAUCUAGAUGGCGUGGCUUCCUAUCCAGUUUGGGUGUCUCUGUUCCUUUAGACCUGCACAUCAGGUCACGGCACAUGAUUCAGGACAAGACAGCAUCCGUCCCAGAGUAUGUUCUGUCUUCAUUACCCGUCCCUGAGAAACUACACAUGGAGUGGAGCCUCCCCACUUUUAUCAACAUGUUCUUACCAGAGUUUCCCCACCGCAGCAUCCGUGGACAUGAGCACUUCCAGAUCCUGGGUUACAUCGCCAAAGGAUCGUUCGGUCCCAUCUUGAAGGUGAAGGAUAAGUCAAAACAAAAGACUUAUGCAGUGAAGGUUAUCCCGAAGUCUGAGAUUCUUCGUCUGGGUGUGCUGGACCAGUCUAAGGAAGAGGUGAUCGUCCAGCGUCAGGUCUGCCACCCUUUCGUCCACGACCUGCAGGACUGCUGGCAGACCCAGCACCACCUCUAUAUUAUGUGUGAUUACUGCAGUACAGGAGAUUUAUACACCUACUGGUUGAUGAUCGGUCACUUCGGAGAGGAUGCGCUCAAGGUGUUCGCUGCUGAGCUCGGCUCUGCUCUCGGGUUUCUUCAUGAUUUUGGAAUCAUCCACCGUGACGUUAAGAUGGAGAACGUACUUUUGUCAGAUCAGGGGCAUUUACGCCUGGCUGAUUUCGGUUUGUCUCGGAGGCUCGAACAUGGAGGAAGGGCAUUCACUAUAUGUGGGACAAUUCAGUACAUGGCUCCUGAAGUGCUGAGCGGAGGUCCGUACAGCCACGCUGCUGAUUGGUGGUCACUUGGGAUCCUGCUCUUCGCAUUGGCUACCGGCAAGUUUCCUGUUCCUCCCGAGUCAGAUCACUGUUGCAUGCUGAGGAAGGUGCGCUGCUUCUCCUACGAGAUGCCCACAAGCUUCUCUCCUCCGUUCGCCCUUCUGCUGACCGAGCUGCUGUGUAAGACCCCGACACGUCGCCUGCGAACCCUGGAGCGCUUCAAGCGCCAAACCUUUUUCCGUGGGACUCCGUUCGACUCGCAGUUGUUACAAAAAAGCCCAGUGGAGCUGAUCAUGGAACUGAAGAAGCGGCCCGAUCGCCCUGCCAAAGCCUGCCGAGGUCUCGCGCUUGAGCCGUUUCCUGAUUUUGAGUUCGACUGCGAUUUCCACAGAGUUUCAUCCUCCAGCUCAGAACUACUGGAGACCCUCGAGCAAUGACAAGUCAGUCAGGGCAAGUCACAGAGAGCAUUUUUAUAG